AUGUUCAAGGAUAAACUUCCAGACGCACUAACAAUUAUCUUCAUCACUUCACAAAACAUGGAAGAAUCGAUAUCGUUGGAGGAGACAAACAGACACCGAAUCUCUUUGGGACUUAAGCCCAUCCCGAUCCCUGGUGCUCCUAUCAAGCGACAGCCUGCCCCUGAAGCCUCAGGCGAGGUUUCUGAGGAGGCACGAACUCGUCUGCGACAAUCACUUGGUCUGGCCCAGGAAACCAAAAGUCGAGACCAGGUUGAGUACGAGAACUGGCAGGAGAAGCAGAAGGAAAUCACAGAGAGCCAUCGACAGAGUGAGAUCGAGGCCCGGCUUGCGGCGGCUGCUGAGCGACGAGCGAAACGAAAACGGCUGGCUGGGAGUGGACUUGGAGAAGAUGGAGAUGAUACCAUGUCAUUCUUGAAGAAUAUUAAGAAGAAGCCCAAGAUUGCGAUCCAGCUUGAAGACGAUGUGGAGGAUGUGGAUUAUACUUCAAAGGAUCUCGGAGGUAUGAAGGUGGGCCAUUCCCUGGAGGAGUUUCAAAAUGGAGGAGGCGACGAUAUUAUUCUUACCCUCAAGGAUACCGAUGUGCUGGACGAAGAUGGUGAGGACAUUUUGGAGAGCGCACAGUUGAAUGAGGGUUCGAAACAAAAGGCUUCUGAUCAGCUACGAAAGGGAGUGCAACGUACCGCUUACGACGAGAGUGGGAAAGUUGGAGAGGAACAGAAGGAUGACUUCUUUGUUCUUGGGGAAGGAGGAGUCAUUAAGGGUGUCUCCACAGAGUCCGACGCUAUUAAGAAGAGCAAGCUCAAGGAGAAAGAGAGGACAAAGGUGUCAUUUUCGUUUCUCAACGACGAGGACGAAGAUGAACUUCCUACGUCUGAUUACAAGAAGGUGAAGAAGAGUAAAAGCAAGGGCAAGAAGAGCAGGGAGGGUUCUCGACGGGUCAAGCUUGAGUCCGAGGAGCCCGAGGAUGACAAGCGACACCUUACUAACAACGUGAGCAAGAAGCUCAGUCAGCAGGAGAUUGACAAUAUGCUUCGUGACGACGAUGAGGAGUUUCGGCUAGCCAUGCGAAAGAAUCUUAUGAAAUCUCAGAGAAACAGAAAGAAGCUCACUCCAGAACAGCUGGCUGAGCAGCUUGCAGCAGAUCGGGACGAGGAAAUGGAAGUUAAGCAAGAAGAGGACGACCAAGGAUUGGUGCUUAACGAGACAACUGACUUUUUGACUACUCUGCGAAAGGCCCAGGAGGCCAAGGAAGAGGAGGAAGAAGGUAUGAUGGUUGAAGAGAUUGAGGUCAAGCCUGAGCCUACAGAGGCUUCUGUGGAGACCGCAACGAAGGAGGAUGAGGAGGAAGAAAUGAAGGAGCCAGAUACCGUGGACGAUCCUCUGAACGAGGAAGAUAUUGGUACAGGCGCUGGCGAUGUUCUGAAGAUGCUCAGAUCUCGAGGAAUCAUCAAGAAUGUGUCCAAGGAAGAGCGUGAAAAACAGAAGGCUUUGCGAGAACAGCGAGAAUGGCGAAAGCGUGAAGAGAGAGAGAACCUGUUGCGGGAGAUCAGACUUCGGGAGGAGCGAGAGCAGUUGGAGGAGGAGGGUGUCUACGAAGGUCUUACUCGGCAAGAGCGAGAGGAAAUCGAGUCCGAAGAAGAACGCAUUCGACUUCAAGAGGAGGCCAAGGCAGCUCAGAAGCGGUUCGAGAACUACGAGCCCGAAAUCAAUUUGCAAUACUACGAUGAUAUGGGCCAGAAGCUGGACAGCAAGGGUGCUUACAAGUAUCUGUCGCACCAGUUCCAUGGAAAAGGACCUGGUAAGGGCAGUGUUGAGCGAAGUCUCAAGAAGGCCGAGGAGGCUCGUAACCAGGAGCGAUUGGCACAUGAAAGAACCCAAGGGCCCAGCAACAGCAACAGAACGUCGGCUGGUACUCGAAUUGCUUAA